UCACCCAUACCAGCCGGGCAGAGCGCCGAACCCGCGGCAGUUGGUGAACCCACCUCAGUUCGUUCGCACCGGCUGCGCAGUGCGUUUCGCUCCAGUCCGCUGUCCGCGCAUCAACCGGUUUCGAGCAUUGUUUACGGCCGGUUUCCGCGCCCGGCACCACGCGCUUUUGAGAAUUCGUGCACUUUGAAAAUUUGACGUGGGAUUCGUGAAUUUAAGUCAAUCUCCAGCUUGGAUUAUCGUAGGGUGUGUGUGCAUUUUUGAAAACGGAUUUGUUUCGAAGUGGUUUUACAAAUCUUUUUUCGAUAGUGCGUAUUGAUAAUUGAAGUGAAAAGUGAAGUGAGUGAUUCGUAUUGUGGAUAUGAUACUGUGCCGAGAAUACGGGUGAUACUAAUAUGAGAAAAUGGUCAAUCUUCAUCUUUCAAUGUGAAUGUUGACGUGAUGUGAUCAUAAGUACGCCCAUUAUGGAAGAGAUUAGCUGAAGGGAGGAGAGGAAGGCGAAAAUGAAUCUCUACAAACGAGGGAUGAUAUUCAUCACGUUCCUGGGUUCGUGCGUGGCUAUCAUGCUGAUAGGGGUUGCACUCACGACGAACCACUGGGUGGACGCCCAGGCCAAGAGGACGCUCAACCCCCAGACCUCCACCGGUCGAAUAAAUUUCGGCUUGUUCCAAGGCGAGAAGUCUCUCAAUGUUGGCUACGGGUCCAGAACGAAUGAUAUUAGCAUCGUCGAAUUUAUGAGGGAGGACCCGGAAUUUUUGGUCUACAAUUACUGGCUAGUCACCGUGGCGAGCAUGGCCCUAGGAUUAGUGUUCUCAAUUAUCGCCGCCAUAUUUUCCGUCAUCAACACGGCCACAACGCCAAUUACCUCUUUGGCCGGAAUUCCUGGCCUUUACCUAUGGAACAUAAUUUCACUCUGUUCUCAAUUAGUAGCUAUUUUAGUUUGGUCCUUGCAGUAUUACGAAAAGCUGCAAUACAAUGUGAUGAGUUUGUCCGACCGGCGGAACUUCUGGACAUCGGAGGGUCUUGCAACCUUCGGGAUUUCCUUCUGGUUCGUAACAGCUGGGAUCGGAGUAAACCUGAUCAAUCUCCUCAUCAUAUACCACGGGACGGGGAAUGGCCUGAAGAAAAAAUCCAUCUCGAUGAGCGAAGAGAAAGGAAAUGGAGCCAUUAUGCUGUACUAACUCGAUAAAAUGUCUUCAUACACUGCGGUGCCAUAAAAACGCUUCACUACACUGCGCUUGAAGAUGACGUUCACCGCGACCAAAGUUUACUUCCUUUGAGUCUUCGAAAUAAACCAAAACUACGACUUCCGUGCCUCGAAAUGACUUGUUCUCGAUGGUAUUCCGCUAUGCUAACGAAUAACGCUGUAUGAGCCUUCAGGCGUUGCCAUAUUUUCCCCGGUAUAUACAAAACGAAUUUACAGGGACUUGACAGUACUUGUCUUCAAAUUUUUCCUACAAUUUUGUUCGUAAUUUAAUCUGAGAUAUCUGAAAAUGUCAAGGGAAAAUAUUUAUAAAUUUCCUCAAAAAUACAUGUUUCAUCCGAGGAACUUUGACACCUCUCGAAUGCUCAUAAGACGUUCCUUCGUUGCGUGGCAGUAUUGGUAUGAAAUCUUUAAAAUUGAUGUUCGCAUAUUCAGAAACUUGCAAGGGCGAACCCCCACAGAUAAAGAUAAAUAGUCUGGGAUAUGAGCUACUCAAGAAAAUGAAGUGAAUUAAACGACAUAACAGGUGGGAUACAUCUUAGUGUGAAUGUCGAAGGCUAUUAGUCAAAUCAGGUAAUUGUUUGCAUAGACCGAUUGUAAAAUUUUGAAGACAUAUGUUUUUCAACUUUUUGAUGGAAAUCCUUAUUGUAUUUUUUUCUACACUGGUAAGAUUUCAAAAUAUGGAAAUUGUGUAAAUUCGAAAAAGCAAAAUUUUUAACAUAAUUUUUUACAUUUAAACUUUUGCAUAAUCUUUAUUUCAUGAAAGCAUCAAGCAUUUUCGCGGAACAUGUUUCUUAAGCACCAACAAGUCAUGGAAAACUCAGAAAUUAAUUGCUAACUGAACCUUAAGCUCGUGUCUGGAUACCUAUUCAGAUCAUUUCCACGACAAAAAUCAAGAUAAACAUGUUUUAAGUCUAAGAUAGAAUUAUUCAUUGUCUGCCUCGGCAUUUGACGAAAUUUGUGAUUUUCAUUAGUGCGCGACAUGUUAAGAGUGUGUUUGAAAAUACGUGUCUCGAUUCGUUGUAUGCGUUCGUUGUAUGCAUUCGUUGUAAUGAAUUGGAUUCUCACAGAUUUCUUAGUAUGUGAAGAAAGAAAAUGAAGAAACAUGCAAAAUAAUGGCUCAGCAUUGAACGAUCGGUCUUAGAUAAUAAUUUAAUUCACCAAAAAGUAUAUCAGGUCCCAAGUGUACAUGUUUUUCUAAUUUCACGACCUAUGAUCCUUCGUAAAAAUUUUUUAAGGUUUGCGGAUAUCCAUUUGAAACAAUUUUAUCACUUAAUUUUUCAAACUCAUCAUGAGUAGGUGUAAUACUUCAUCUCAUAGGAAAUGAGAAUUCAUACAGAUCUUUUCCUCGUUUUCUCUAAUAGCCUGUAGAGAAUUAAAUAUGUUUUUAGAUAAUUAUCAAUCUUGAUUUAGAAAUAGUGCAUUACAGAAAUCUGACUUGCUUUUGAUGAGUAAAUGCUUCAUUACAAAGGUGGAUUUUAGUCAGUCAGUCCUUGACUAAUUUCUCGAGUGAAUUACUUUUCUUAGAAAUACGAAUUUUAGUCAGUCAGUCCUUGACGAAUUUCUAAAAUAAAUUACUUUUCUUACUUGAAAAUCAGAUUACUGCAAACUAUUGAUUUUGGUGAUAAUUUUCAAGUUCUCAAAAUCAUGUAUGUUUCAAUGAAGAACAAAAAAAAUCACAACGAAAAAUUAUUUCAUAUUUUUUAUAAAGUAGAAGAUUACUGACAGCACAAAAGGAUAUGGGCUCAAUCUCUGUUCGCACUAUGCUGGGUUUUUUUUUUUUUUUUUUUUUUUUUUUUAACUUCAUUGAUGAAUAUUGUGAUUGAUUCAGAGAAUUUAUAUAUAUUUCUCAACCAUAUUCCCAGACAUUUUUUCUUCAGCCUUAAAUUACUCAAAGAAAAAAUCCAAUCUGCAUCUUCUUCUUCUUUUUAUUCUCAUUUUGAGUUUAUCCAUAUAAGGCGCCAAGGCCAAAAAGUGAGAUCAUGAGCUAAUGAAGGCAUUCUCUAACCCUGGAAAAUCUGAUCAGCGUUUUUUUUUUUUUUUUUAGAAACUGGAAAACAUAUUUUGUCUUAAGAUCAGUUGCCUCGUAAUUUCAAAAGAGUUAUAAUUUUGCAAAAAGCAACAAGGGCCUUUCCACUGAUUCUCUGAUCCAUAAAGAGUAAAAAUGUAUCAACAAAAGCCACCAUUUACCAGUAAAAUGAUAUCAAAAUGUAGAAAUUUUGAAAUUUCAAAAUAAUGGCAAUUAAUUCUUAACUUCAUCUCGAUAGCGUUUAGAGAGGAACUAAUGUUUGAACGAAUUUACAAAACCGUCCGCAUCGACAUGCAAAAAUCAAUAGUCGUUAUGUCUUUUCUGCAGAAAGAGGUCAGAUGCGUUGACCUCUUUUUCGAUACCCCGUGCUCAUUUUCAACGUACUUUUGGGCGAAGACCCUAAAAUUCAAAAAUAUUUAAGAGGAAGAAGACGACACGUGUUGAAUAUAUUUGCCUCCCCAAAAAAUUGGAAUAAAGGGUCUUUUUUACCACGAUGAAAGAAUUUUGACUGAUAAUAUUACCUAACUGAUGUAAAAAUUAGAUUGUAUGUUAAGAUUAGAUUUGACCUCAAGGUCCAGUAGUUAAAUUAUUUUUUACCUGUUAACGUUUCGCCAUGUAAAUUGAUUAGGUAUUGAAGUAAUAUCAAAAUUGUUAAUUUAAAUGGAAAUUUAACUAAUUCUAAGGAUGCCUUUGCUAUAAGUCACCAACUACUCUGUACAGUUUCUUUUGUAAAUAAACUUUAAUAUUUCUUCAUUGA